AGAGAGAACGAGAGGAAGUGGAGGAUAAGAGAGAAAGAGAGAGAGAAAGAUAGAGAAAGAGCGUGAUGAAUUGAGAGGGUAAAGAAAUGUGCGAAAGGUGGUUUUCAAGAGUGUGGCGCUGCUGUAAGGGGGUGAAGCGCCACCUGACCUGGUGAACUCUGACCCCUGUGUUAAUGCCCCCCCGACGCCCCCUGAGGAGACAGACCCCUCCCCUCGCAGGAAACGUGGGCGCCGGAAACUAGAACAUCCUGAGAGGCAUGAGACAGACGACGGCACCUGUGACUCCCCCAAGAUGGAGGGGGAUAGCGGCAGGCUGCGGAGGAGGCCUGUGCCCAGAGUGACGUUUCAGGCAGGAGACCCAUAUUACAUCAGCAGGAGACAGAGGGAUGAGUGGAUCAGUCGCUGGAAGAUAGAGGCUGAGCGACAGGCUCACCGCGAGGCUGUGAUGAGCGUGAUGGAGGACCUAUCAGAGGGGAACUUCCAGAAAGAAGAGGGGCCACCCAGCCCAGCUCCACCCCCGCUUCCGCCCCAGCAACACACCGCCCCUGCCUCUCCCACCGUCGCCAUGACGCCAGAACCCCUGCCCGUUGCCAGGGGAGAACGAGCCAGGCCUAGGGAGUUGGAGUACCAGGACGGCCGGGGCUUUGGGAUAGGGAUGCUGGUGUUUGGGAAGCUGCGAGGCUUCUCCUGGUGGCCCGGCAGGAUCGUGUCCUGGUGGAUGAGCGGCAGGAGCCGUGCCGCAGAGGGGACACGCUGGGUCAUGUGGUUUGGAGACGGGAAGUUCUCUGUGGUGUGUGUAGAGAAGCUGAUGCUCCUGAGCUCGUUUUCUUCAGCCUUCCACCAGCCCACCUACAACAAGCAGCCCAUGUACAGGAGAGCCAUCUAUGAGGCCCUGCAGGUUGCAAGUACCAGGGCAGGUCGGCCCCUCCCUUCCUGUGAUGCAGGUGACGAGGGGGAGGGCCAGGGGGUGGAGCUACAGAACAGACAGAUGAUAGAAUGGGCCAUGACGGGCUUCCUGCCAAGCGGACCACAGGGCCUGGACCCUCCAGAGGAGGAGAGGAAUCCUUAUAAGGAAGUGUAUCCAGAGAUGUGGGCGGAGCCAGAGGCUGCAUACACGCCUCCUCCUGCCAAGAAGCCCCGCAAGAACUCUGCUGACAAACCCAAGAUCAGAGAGGUCAUCGAUGAAGGGACCAGAGAGAGACUCAUCUUUGAAAUUCGACAGAAGAGCAGGAAUAUUGAAGACAUCUGUAUCUCCUGUGGAAGCCUCAACGUGUCUCUGGAGCACCCACUCUUCAUGGGGGCCAUGUGCCAGGGCUGCAAGAACUGCUUCCUGGAGUGUGCGUACCAGUAUGACGACGACGGCUACCAGUCCUACUGCACCAUCUGCUGUGGAGGCAGGGAGGUGCUCAUGUGUGGCAACAACAACUGCUGCAGGUGUUUCUGUGUGGAGUGUGUUGAUCUGCUCGUUGGAGUGGGCUCUGCAGAGGUUGCCAUUAAAGAGGAUCCAUGGAACUGCUACAUGUGUGGACCACACAACACCAAAGGGUUGCUACAGCGACGGGAAGACUGGCCCUCCAGGCUCCAGCUGUUCUUCGCCAACAACCAUGAGCAGGACUUUGAACCUGCCAAGUUGUACCCCCCAGUGUCAGCUGAGAAAAGGCAGCCAAUCAGAGUGCUCUCUCUGUUUGACGGAAUAGCCACAGGUCUGUUGGUGCUGAGGGAUCUGGGGAUCCAGGUAGACAGGUAUGUGGCAUCAGAGGUGUGCGAGGAUUCCAUUACCGUGGGGAUCGUUCGUCACCAUGGACGCAUCAUAUAUGUCGGAGAUGUACGCAACGUCACACACAAACAUAUUCAGGAGUGGGGGCCGUUUGACCUGGUGAUAGGAGGAAGCCCUUGCAAUGACCUUUCCAUCGUCAACCCUGCCCGUAAGGGCCUCUUUGAAGGGACUGGAAGGCUGUUUUUUGAGUUUUACCGGCUGCUUCAUGAAGCGAGGCCCAAACCAGGCGACGAGCGGCCCUUCUUCUGGCUCUUUGAGAACGUGGUUGCCAUGGGAGUCAGCGACAAGAGAGACAUCUCCCGCUUCCUUGAGUGUAACCCGGUGAUGAUUGAUGCUAAGGAGGUGUCCGCCGCCCACCGAGCACGCUACUUCUGGGGGAACCUUCCAGGCAUGGGCAGACCUCUCUCUGCGAUGGUGAACGACAAGCUGGACUUACAGGAGUGUCUGGAGCAUGGACGCAUGGCUAAGUUUGAGAAGUUGCGUACGAUAACAACGCGCUCUAACUCUGUGAAGCAGGGGAAAGACCAGCACUUCCCUGUCUACAUGGACAACAAGGAGGACAUUCUCUGGUGUACUGAGAUGGAGAGGGUGUUUGGCUUCCCGGUCCACUACACAGACGUGUCCAACAUGAGCCGCCUGGCUCGACAGAGGCUGCUGGGGCGCUCCUGGAGCGUGCCCGUCAUACGCCACCUCUUCGCUCCUCUCAAGGAGUACUUUGCCUGCAACUAGACACACACACACACAACUGUGGACUGACUUUAACCGUACACACAAAAUACACACACAUACGUCAUACAGAGAUAUCACACUAGACUGACCCUACACACGUCACACACACUUCCUCCAUCUUGUACAGGACUACGUCUCCCAGAGCUUGUAAACUACUGGCUGACCCGAACCACGGUGCUGACCAAUCACACACCAGAAGUGAGAAACAAGCUCCUCCCACCAGAUAGAGUCUCCACCUAGCCUGCUGUUUUACUCUGUCUGGUUUCAGGGCUGAUCAUUGCUAUGGUUGGGUACUUUGUUUUUACCAGUCUUCUUCACUGUGUGUGUGUGUGUGUGUGGUAGCUGUAGUUGAGAGGACCCCCCCUGUGCUAUAAUCAACACACGCCUGCACACACACGCACCAAUCUGUCAGACACAACUGUUCCCUUCUUGUACACACUCAAAACACUGGUAGUGAUUGGUGUGUGCUGUGACUCACACGUGCGUGAGCACACACACACACACACACAUACAAACAUAUACACUUACACAUAUUUGCUGUACUGUACUUGCGGAAACAUCCAGAGCUUGUGGUGCUAGUCAGACUGACGCUCAGACAUCCCAGACAGAGAGACUCCCACAAUGUGGUGCUCCAGGGGCUAGUCAUGUGCUCCAGGUGCUAGUCAUGUGCUCCAGGUGCUAGUCAUGUGCUCCAGGUGCUUGUCAUGUCUGGCUGUUCUGUGGUGCUGGGAAAUGACUGUCAACAGCGUAGGGCCAGACUAAAGCCAGACUAGGGCUAGUCUAGGAUUAGACCAGGGCUAGUCUGGGGCCAGUCUAAAAUUAGAUUAGGCUAGUCUGGGGCCAGUCUCGGUGCUAGUCAAGGGCCAGACCAAGGCUAGUCUAGGUGCUAGUCAAGGGCCAGACCAAGGCUAGUCUAGGUGCUAGUCAAGGGCCAGACCAAGGCUAGUCUAGGUGCUAGUCAAGGGCCAGACCAAGGCUAAUCUAGGUGCUAGUCAAGGGCCAGACCAAGGCUAGUCUAGGGCUUGUCUGGGGCCAGACAAGAGACAGACUAGAGUCCACUGGGGCUUCACUCCUUCUGUGACCAUUCUCAGGCAGCAGAAACACACACACACACACAAACUGUAAACCAGCAGGUUUACAGCAAAUAAACCAGUUUAUAGACUUUAUACAGCCAACGAUCAGGUACUUUUUAAAAGUAUAACUUUUUUUACAGUACAGUUACACUAUCAGGUUACACAUAACGUUGCUAGGAACGCAGCAGCGACAGCAAACCACCACAAUGCAGAUACCCCGUCUGUCUGGCAUCACCUGACGACGACAUCUCCCGCACUGUGAUCACACUGCCCAUCUCCUACUUCCCAAGGUGCCACCGGGUGUCACAUGCAUCCUUAUUUACUAAUCCGAUUGGUGCUCCCAGAAUCCACCAGGUGCUGCAUGUCAAUCAGUCAGUCAGCCAGUCAGUCAGCCAGUCAUUCAUCCAGUCGGUGUAUAACCCCAGAUUCCAUGUUUGCUUAGGGAAUGACAUUGAUAAUCUGCUUACUGUGUGUGUGUUUGCUGUUUUAGGUUGAUGCGCGGUCUCACUUUAUCCCUGGGCUGAGACUGUAGGGAGAGUAGUGUACAGUUAGUAUUGUGAAGUGUCUGUUGUACUGAGGGGAGGGAGGGACUGUGCCAGAGGAGAUUUUAGAACAGAUAAGCUAUGAAGCAGGAUGUGGGAGGGGUUACGAUACUUCUCUGUUGUCUAUUGAUGUGAUUGACAGGCGAUAAGUCGAGGAAGCUUUUGUUCUUUUGUUGACAGCUUUAAGGCUGAGUGCGCUGUCUCAUACACACAUGCACCGACACACACACACAUACCGCACACCCACCGCACACCCACCGCACACGACAGUACAGUACACCCGACGCAACUCACAAGCACUGUCAGACUCAAAUACAUGCAGUACAUACACGAUACUAUCACACUUGCAGACACUCGUCUCAUGGGAAAAUAAUUCAUGAUUUUUAAAGACAGGAAGGACUGGUCGUGUUUCAAAAGGUGCUAAAACAAUUUUAUCUGAAAAUAUAAAAAGUAUAUUGUUAGGAAAAUAAAUCAAGUUUGUCUUUACAAUGACCGUAUUUAAGUUGUCGUAGUAAUGAAAAGGCACUAUUAUUUUACUCUUGUAUGAAUAUGAACUAAUUAAAAGGCAUUUUAACUUUGUACUUGAAACCAUGUAUGAAAUGAAACGUGAAUAAAAAGGACUGAUUCAUGUGUUGUA